CAAAAACUCAUUUUCGAGUGAGUUUAAUUUUGGUAAAGAAAUACUGAAAAUGAAAAUAAAGAUCUUUCCUCUCCUCGUACUCACCUGUUAUCCAUGGCCCAGCUUUUGGCCCAACAUGCUAAAGCCCGAAAACGACUCAUUCUCUCUCCUAUUUCACUAGUUCCUGAUUUUAUCCAAACCCUAAUUCCCCUCUGCAACGGCACCAAUGGUCCCCAACGACUCCCUCCCGCCGUCACCCACCGGCGGUGGCCCUGACGUCUCUCCGAACAAUUCCGACCCCGCCGCGCGGAACCCUAGCCGCUCGCCACCGGCGGCCGGAGGACCACCACUGAACUCCACGCAAUCGCCAGCCAUCUCCGGCGGCCACCGUCUCCCACCAACGCCUCCGAUUUCCAUGGAUACCCGAACACCGAAACCUUCUCCCUCCACGGCACGAACCCUGACUGCAGCUAAGCGAAGGAGGAUGCGGUGGACUAUUCUGGCUGCACUAACUUACAUAGCGUAUAUCUGUACUCUACUCGCACGAGAUGGCCAUGUAUCUAUGUCAGCUACUCUGUUAACCCUCUUUUCGUUGGCGUAUUUCGUAAUCCUGUUCCUGUUGCUAUGUUCCAGCCCUGUCCCGUUAAUCGAGUUGGGAGAAUUUGUCGGGAUCCUUGCCGCCAUUCUCAAUGCAAACACAGCCAAGCUCGGCUGGGACAUUGUCUUAAUAAACCUGCUUUUUGUGAAUAUGAUGGCCAUGUUCAAUGCGGCCGUGAUAUUUGUCAAAGAUUUCGACUUGGCAAACAUCGGCCUCUCAGUUUUUGCGAGCGUGCUGUUGUUUGCUGCCAAAAUGCACGAUAAGUCGUGGGUGCCCUUCAUUGCUGUAUCCGUGACGUUUUACAUGCACUGGACAUGCUCGGUCGAGCUUGCGCAAGAUUUCAUGGCCAAUAUAAAGGUCCCCGAGUUUCCAGAGGCCCUGUUGGCUUCUUUUGGGGUGGCUGCUGGUGUCCGGGGCAUGACUCGGGGUUUGCACGAGCCGUUGCUGAGGCCCCAACAAGAGAGUUCGGGAGGUCGGGCCCCACACGAGGCGCCUGGCGGCACACGUGUCCCCGACUUUCCAGAGGCCCUGUUGACUGCUCUCGGUGUGGCUGGUGGUGUCCGGGGCACGACUCGGCAUCAGAUUGGUUUUUCCCAGUUUGAGCAUCCUGUUGCGUUAACAGUCGAAGCUCAGGCAAAGCAUGUUGGGCAAUUGAAAGGUGGAUUGAGCAAAAAUUUAUUCUUGAAGCUGAAUUUGCCAACACCUCAAAGAAAGCUUAUUGAAUUCUGUAUUUUGCUUGUUGGGAAGUUUCGUAUAUUUGUUUUCAUGAUCUUUUUUUGUGUUUUUCAAUUUUUUUUUCGUUAAAUUGUCAUUUGAAGCUAUCUUUUUUCCGUUUCGUUAUUGCUAGAUCAAGGAUUUAAGACUCCGGAAUUUUGCUUCUUCCAUCCAUUGUCUAAUGACAUGACAGUCGGUGAGUAGUUAAGGCUUUAUCGAUUUAUAACACUUGAAAAAAAAAUAAAAAAUGAGCAAAGUGCGAAUAGUAGAUGGAUUUUCCAGAUUGGCUUCACCUCACAUGAUAUGUU